AUGGCCGCAAAACGGAAGGCAGCGCCCGCUUCGACCGGGUAUUCAGACUCGACGGGAAACGCAUCCAACAAGCGCUCUGCCGAAUCGCAGCCCGCUCGCAAAGCCGCCAAACGUUCCACCAGCAGUCCUUCAGCAGAAUCCAAGCCAACCAAGCAAUUCGACCACUCGCGCGUUGAAGAGCGCUUCGGGAUCGUGCAGCGGGAUUUUUAUCCGGCCGAAAUGUCCAAUGAGCGAUGCGAGCAAUACAACAACAACGAGAUCCCGCGGCCAAUCGAAGUGCUCGAGAAGACCAUGGCCGAGACCAAGGAACAGCGCUCCAAGAUCGCUAUUGGCAACGCCGUCGUCCACUGGUUCAAGCGGGAUCUGCGCAUGUCCGAUAACAAAGGACUAAGCCUGGCGGCGAAGAAGGCGAAGGACGGCGGUGUCCCACUCAUCUGCGUCUUCGUUGUAUCGCCCCAGGACUACCAGGCCCACUUCACCGGCACGCCGCGGAUUGAUUUCGAGUUGCGGACUCUGGCUGUGCUGAAGCAGGACCUAGCGGAGCUGGAUAUCCCGUUGCUGGUGGAGACGGUCGAGGAGCGUAAAAAAGUGAUACCCUACCUGAUUGACAAGUGUAACGCGUGGGGCGCAAAACACCUCUUUUGCAACAUGGAGUACGAGGUUGACGAACUGCGGCGCGAGGCGCGGUUGACUAAGAAAUGCCUGGACGCCGGCAUUGACUUCACUGUCGUGCAUGACGACGUCAUUGUCCCGCCAGGCGCGCUCCAGACUGGCCAAGGCAAGCAGUACGCCGUCUAUAGCCCCUGGUUCCGCGCAUGGCUCUCUCAUGUCCACAAGCACCCUGAACUUCUCGAUGAGCAUCCCAAGCCGGAGAAGAACCCCAAAGACGCUCGCGAGAAGUUCAAGGAUAUCUUUGCUUCCAAUAUACCCGAGGCACCGGAGAACAAGCGUCUAGAUUCGGAGACGAAAAAACGGCUGGCCUCCCUGUGGCCGGCAGGUGAGCACGAAGCACGAGAACGGCUGGAGAAGUUUUUGAAGCAGAAAGUCACCAAGUACAAGGACACCCGCAACCUCCCUGCUGCAGGCAGCACUGCUAUGGUCAGCGUGCAUCACUCAGCCGGCACACUAGCAGCCCGAACAAGCGUGCGACUGGCCAAGGAUGCAAAUACGACGAAGAAGCUAGACGGGGGAAAUGCUGGGAUAGCGGGCUGGAUCAGUGAGGUCGCCUGGAGGGAUUUCUAUAAGCAUGUGCUGUCGCAUUGGCCGUACAUCUGCAUGUUCAAGCCUUUCAAGUACGAAUACACCAACGUCGAGUGGGAGUAUAACGACGAGCAGUUCGCUGCCUGGUAUGGCGGUCGCACUGGCUUUCCCAUUAUCGACGCCGCCAUGCGCCAGAUGAACCAGAUGGCCUACAUGCACAACCGCUGCCGCAUGAUCGUCGCCUCCUUUCUUUCUAAAGAUCUGCUUAUCGACUGGCGCAUGGGUGAGCGCUACUUCAUGGAGCACCUCAUCGACGGCGACUUUGCCAGCAACAACGGUGGUUGGGGUUUCUCUGCCUCUGUUGGCGUCGAUCCCCAGCCGUACUUCCGUAUCUUCAAUCCUCUGCUGCAGAGCGAAAAGUUUGAUCCAGAUGGUGAGUACAUUAGGAAAUGGAUCCCGGAGUUGAAGGAUGUGAAGGGAAAGGCCAUCCAUGAUCCCUACGGCAGAGGUGCAGAGGACAUAGCGAAGAAGAAUGGAUACCCGAAACCGAUGGUGGAUCACAAGACCUGUAGGGAAAGAGCAUUGGCAAGAUAUAAGGCUGGAAUUGGCAGGAAUACGGCCUAA